UUGAAGUAUUUGUGUUUGUGUGUCAAGUUAUUUUAACUGUUUAAAUUUUUAAAGUAAUUUUGCUAAAUUUCAAUGACUCGCAGCUCGCAGGCACUUAUAAAUGAAAGAAUUUAAAGAAUAAUGAACGUCAAAAUAUAGUAACGAAGUGUUUUAGUACUAGAAAUUAUUCUAUGAGUUGUUUUAAAAUUUUACGUGUCACAGUACUAAAACUUUGAUUUGUCAUCUAUUUAUUAAACGUGGUAUAUAAAAUUUUAUAUUUAAAAUUUAACUACAGUUAGAAUUAAGUGUCUUCGAAAGUUGUCUUUAAAAUCAUUAACCAAUUGAGCACAAAUAUCAGCAAGAAUGGGGUUAGGAGGUUAUUCGAUGUCGGGGAAGAAAUCUUUGCUGUGGGCUUACAUUCUAUGGCUUUUUGGCGGUAUAUUUGGUCUACAUCACUUUUAUCUAAGACGGGAUAGACAUGCUUUUGUUUGGUGGACAACUUUGGGCGGUUUUGGGAUCGGAUGGCUGAGCGAGGUGUUUCGUCUCCCACGUUAUGUCAAAGAUGUGAACGAAGAUCCCCAACAAAUGCAAGAGGUGAUAAAGAGAAUCCAUCACAACAAGAAGCCACCUUUCUCAAUGAAUCGCUUCACUGGAAUGUUGAUGGUGGGCUACUCGUGGGGGCAAAUGAUGAUGUCAGCAGUACCACCUGAUAACUUUUGGGGUAUCAAUUUAAGAUAUCUCAACUAUCUCAUACCCUUGGUGACAGCACUAGGUGUGUGGACAGUGGGUAAUAUUGGAAGGGAGCAAGGUUCUCUCAAGUGGCCAUUGUUGGCUGCGUACGCUUCAUAUCCAAUACGCUUCUACAUUUACGAUGAAACUGUCUGGUUCACAUUAAUGGUUCUAGCAACUGCACUUACCUUUGAUUCCUUUUCCAAAGAGUGGAGAAGGACACCAAAGAGGCGCAAUCUUCCUACACGACUUGCUAUAUUGGGGGUGUGCGCAGUACUGUAUUUGUCAAUGUGGUGCAGCUACUUAUACUUCUAUGGUACUAUUACUGACAGUGAAGGCGAUGAAGUGCCUAUCUACGAAGCAUUGUAUCACUUCUUUACAAGCCCAUGGUGGUUAGAUGUAAAACAAUGUCUCCUGGAUACUUACCAAUAUGCUCAACAUCACGGAUGGUACGAGGUGUGGAAGCAAAUCAUUGACCUAUCUGAUCCACACGGAGAACAAAAUGCAUAUAAAGUAUUGGGCCUCGGACCGACGGCGACGCAGCAAGAAAUCACAUCCACAUGGAGAAAAUUGUCUCGUGAGAAUCAUCCGGACAAAGUGAAAGAUCCAGUUCAAAGACGUUCAGCUCAAGAAAAAUUCAUGGAGAUCCAGCAAGCAUAUGAAAUACUUUCCAAUAGUAAACAUAGAAGGAACCGUCGCAAUAAAAAAGAUAAUUCAGAGCCUAUGCCUACUAAAGAAUAAUUGCAUUUGCUUCAAUUAAUGGACUUUAAAAGCCCCUUAGUGUAGAUCAGCACUAAAAUAGCUUUUUAAAUUUUUCGUUAAAUGAGUGUGGUUAAUUUAAAUUUUUACAAUAAGGUUGUAAUUAGAAAGAUCUGAACAUAUUUUUAUAUCUUAGCAUUUUUGUACUAUUUUAGAACACUAUUAGAAUACACGACUGAAAUGCAUUUAUACAUCUUAAGAUACUAAUAUUUUGGUCUUUUUAUUUUUUUAACUUUUUAAUAUAUUAAGGUUUUAACCUCAAGUUCAUCCACCAGAGAUAUUUUUAA